AUGGAUGCUGAUGAAUGCUUCCUUGCCACUUCUGGGCAGGAUGAAAGAAGCUCCUGGCCUCUGGACCUCAAUUUACCCCUUUUCCCAACAACCACCAAAGAUAACCCUUUCCCACCCCCUAACCCUUCUCCAGAAUUGUCCUCCUCAGCCUCCUCCUCUGUAUCUGCUGCUGGAGGAGGAUAUCAAGAUGUCAGCCCGACAUCCUCCUUGUUGCAGCCACCUGUGACUCCCACUUCUCCACACCCAAAUUAUCUGCCAAAGCUCUCAUCUCCUGUACAGCCAAACUACAAGGAGGAGAAUGAGGACAGAGGGGAGGCCCUGGUGGGACAUGUGCUUUUUUCUAGUGAUGGAACUGUCUACCUCCUAAAAAGUGAGGAAGAGGAGGAAGGUGAGUCACCACGGGACUCCCCUAAAAGCACAUUGUUGUCACGUCCUCCACUCACCUCUUUUCGUCUCACCGCCACCUACCAAGGCUUUCGCUCUAACCAAAAAUCCCUACAUACCUCAGCUGAGGCAGCCGAACUUACUCAAACGGCGCCUGGCAACUCGCCCAGAAAACAAGACCAAUCCAAAGAAAAUGAAGCAGAAGAGCAAAAAGAGGAAGAUAAUUUAAGACACAAAUCAACUGAGGAGUCCAUAAGGACACAAAGAGUGGAUGGUACAUGGAUAUGUCUCCCUUGCCAGCUCAGUUUUCGAAGUGGAAAGCAGCUGGGAUUGCAUGCUUCCCACUUCCAUGGAUUAGAGCACCCAUAUCAAGAUCAUUUGGCAUUAGGGGGAACCUCUGGUAUCAUUCACAGAUCAAGUGGGCAAGUUUUUCUCAGCCUUUUAGAACCAAAAAAAAGCCACAUUGUGUUAGCUGCUGGCCAGGAGCCAGAGAAUGUUGCCCUUUCUGAUGUUCAAGACACCCCACUCUUAGAUGUAAUCCAAAGUGCAACCGAACAGUCUGGAACAUUAGAAGAUUUAAUGAAGGACACAAAGCAUAACAAAACCAAAAGUCAUGUGACUUUUCAAGGGAAACCAGAAAGUCCUAAACUUUCUACGGGCCUGGUUCCCACCUCACCUCUAAGUUAUCACAAAUGUGAAUCCACAAUAACAUCCCAUUCAACCGAAGCCAAAGAUUCAAAGGCCAACAAAGAUGAAAAGAACAGCGUAGAAAACUGGUACUCAGCAAGAACAGAGGUGCUGGGUGAAGAUGUUGAGGGAGAGGGAGAGGAUAUGCCAGAAAGCAACCCUUCUGCCUCACAGAUCUCAGACAUUAGUGAGCAGCUAAUUGCAAACCAAAACCAAAGCUUCUAUGGUCCAAUGAUGACAAAUUCCUUGUUACAAAUGGGAGCUCUUCCUAGCUCUGACAAAGGGGGUAACCAAACAGAUGCAGACCGUGGGCCUUUGGCCUUCGAUGAAUGCACACCAUCCUCAUGCCCCCAACCAUUCCAAAGUCUAUCUCUUCAAGGCCAGCUUUCCUUGCUACACUCUCGCAAUUCAUGUAAAACUCUUAAAUGUCCCAAAUGUAACUGGCAUUAUAAAUACCAACAAACAUUAGAUGUUCAUAUGAAGGAAAAACAUCCAGAAAGUCAUAGCCAUUGUUCUUAUUGCCACAGUGGCCAGCAACAUCCACGCUUGGCACGAGGUGAAAGCUACAACUGUGGCUAUAAGCCAUAUCGUUGUGAAGCUUGCAAUUAUUCUACAACUACUAAAGGAAACCUCACCAUACACAUGCAAUCUGACAAACACUUAGCCAAUCUCCAAGGCUACCAAGGUUCAAGCCCUGCAGCCAACACAUCAGUUCCACCUUUAGCAGCACCAACAGUGAAUACAGGACAGGUUGAAGGAAGUCAAACAUCACCUCCUGACCGUCAACUUAAGCAAAAGGCAUCAUGGCACUGUAAGGUGUGUAAUUAUGAAACCAACAUUUCCCGCAACUUACGCAUACAUAUGACCAGUGAGAAGCACAUGCAGAAUGUACUACUGCUUCACCAGGGCCUAGGAAUGGGCCAAGACAACUUUCCAUUCUAUGGAAGUCCACUUGCACCAGAUCAGGGACUGGAUCACCCACUUCUUUUCAAUCCCAUGCACUUCAGCUCAACCGGAACCCAAGGUUGUAGCCUUCUUACUCCAGAUCCCCAGCCAAAUUCACAGGUGAAUGCAGUAAACUCUUCUGGAAUAGCUAUUCCUGCACCUUCAUCCUUACCAGAUUCUUCAAACCCUGAUGAAGAACUAUCUCCUGGGGCAUUCCGCUGUUUGGUGUGCCGCUGUUUCACCACGGAUAGUCUGGAAGGAUUACUUUCUCAUGCCAGUAGAGGCCGGUCUCUACCUGAGAGGGAGUGGAGAGAAGUCAGAGGAGACCUGCACUGCUGCCGUCUUUGUUCUUACAGUACCCAGCUUAAAGCCAACUUCCAGUUGCACCUGAAAACCGACAAACAUGCACAGAAAUAUCAAUUAGCUGCCCAUAUGAGAGAGGGAGGUGCAGCUCUGGCCACGGCACAGGCUUCAGCUGCAGAGCUUCCCAUCAGUGGAUAUAGCCAGGCUUCUUCUUUCCCUCCUUUGCACCUGAGAUGUAACCUGUGUGGAUAUGAAAGCAACAGCAGAGAGAAAAUCCAGCUUCAUGUGCAAGGAGGGGGGCAUGAAGAGAGCCUGCGCGUCUACAAGUUUUUGCAGGCCAUUGAAGGAGUUGGAAGCGAUGUAUGUUUUCGCUGUGCUCCAUGUGAUAGCACUGUGGGGUCUCGCCUUGGUAUGAUGUCUCAUCUGCGUUCAGCAAGUCACCAUCAAAAUCUUACGCAGUGGAGGCUGAUGCAUGGUGAAGCUGUACUUGAAAGAAUUGUAACUGUCUGCAGGAGCCAACAGGAGCAUGGUAAAGUCCCAGUGAACCAAGAGAUAACAUCAAAUCCUGACAUUGGAGAGGAAAAUGCAGAAACAUCCCAAGCUUCUGUACAGGAUGAGGCAUCGAGGCCUGAAUGUGACAAAGCUGCCGAAGGGACUACGGUGUUUUGCUGUCCAUUCUGUGCUUAUGUUAGUCCCUCUGAAGAACAGGUCCACAGCCAUGCUGUGUCUCAGCAUGCCCUGCAGCCUACUUUUCGCUGCCCAUUGUGCCAGGAACAGUUAACAGGCACUGGAAACCUGAGAGGGCACCUGGGGCAUGGACACAACGUAGUGUCUGAAUGUGUGGAGAAACUGUUACAGGUGGCACAGAAAGUUAAUAUAACCUUUAGAACCAGAAUUAUUCCUGUAAGAGUAAUAGAGGAACCUGAAGGACAUGUCACAGAGAACGCACCUUCCAAAUCUUCCCCUCCGGAAUCCCCUGGUGAUGUUUCCACAAACCCUGUUGAGACUGUUGACACUUUAGCAGAUAAUGAGAAAGUACAAGAUGAAACCACAUGCCCCUUGUGUCCACUGACUUCUGAAAAUGCACAAGACUUGAGAACACACUUAGAGAAGGAUCAUCCUGAGCUCAGUCCAUCUGAUAUCCAGCAAGCAUGUGAAGGCCAUGGCCGUGAAGUUGAUAUUGUGGAGCAGGAGGAGAGAAAGGGCAGUCAGGAAAGCACACCUGCUCAACCUCAACAAUCUACAUACCGAAAGACUGCCAACUUUGCUAUGGACAAGUUUAUGGAUCCUUCAAGGCCUCAUAAAUGUGUCAUAUGCAAGGAGUCCUUUACUCAAAAAAAUAUUCUACUUGUACAUUACAAUUCAGUAUCUCACUUGCACAAAGUGCGGAAAGCCUCUCUUGACCCUUCCCUUUCCACCAGAAAUGAGUCUGGAGUAGGAACCACAGGACAUGGUAUACAGACAGGACAAGACAAACCUUAUAAGUGCACAGUGUGCCAUGUGUCAUACAACCAAAGCUCGACAUUAGAAAUUCACAUGCGCUCUGUUCUCCACCAGACCCGCUCUAGGAGCUCAAAGCAAGAUCCUGCCAAGACUUCCUCUGAAAAGCCACCAAGAGAAUCUGGAAUUAAAAGUGAGACUAUUACUGAUAGAGGAGAAGCAGCAGAUGCACAAGGAAUUGAUGUUUCUAAGAAGAGACAACAGCAAGUUGGACAAUGCAUGGGAGUUCCUCUACUGCCUACUACUGUUGCUCCCCCACCAAUGCCGCUUUCAAUGGAUUUGUCUAGGCCAACUCCACUUGUGCAGCCUUCUCCUCUUUUCGCACCAUCACUGCUUCCCUCAUUUCCACUGAUACCUGAAACCCUUUUGAAACUCCAGCGCCAACAACAGCAGCUUCUUCUUCCAUUCUACCUUCAAGAGCUCAAAGUCAGUGGAGAUGGGAGUUCAGCUCCUUUCCUGCCCUUUGGAGGUGCCCAGCAGCCUUCACAUAUUAAAGAUGAAGGUGAUCAAUCAAGUGCAACUCCUAGACAAGCAAGUGAGAAGGAUGAAAAAGUACCAGAUGAGCGUGAUGCAGCCACUGGCGAGACAAGUGCCUCACAGAAUCCAGACUCUUCUUCCAUGGUUUCUGGAGAUCCCACAGGGUCUGCAGCAAGGGCCUUGCUAGAAAAUUUUGGCUUCGAAUUGGUCACACAAUACAAUGAGGGAAGACAGCCAAUGAGUUCCCAGGCACAGCCUCAGCCACGCCCUCCUGCUCCUCCACUUGAUACAUCACCAAAUCCGUCUUCCACUGAGAAACUACAGUGUGGUACUUGUGGUAAACUUUUCUCAAACAGACUGAUCCUUAAAACACAUGAAGAACACAUGCACCAACGUUUACUCCCUUUUGAAGCUUUGAGUCGCUAUGCUGCCAAUUUUCGUCGUACUUAUGAUAGCCACAACCCUUCUGGAAUUAAUUCUGAUAUAACAGGGUCAUCAGUUACUCCACUGGACUUUUCUGCAACGUCUCAGCUUACUCAGUGUUCUAAAGAAUUGGAGAAACAAGAAGCUAUACUUGAGCAUGGUAUCACAAUUGAACAGCUCAGUUUUCUGCAAAGUCUAUUUGAUUUUCCGGGGCCUUUACAUGAAGAACAAAUCAUGUGGGUAGCUGAUAAGACUGGGCUGUCCCCUGCAACUAUCACACACUGGUACAAGCAAAAGGAGAAUAUUAUCCAUGAGAAUCAGGAAGAAGAAACAGAGGAAAGCUCACGGCUUGAUCGUUUGGGUCAUCGUCGUUUCUCACGGACAAAAUUCUCUGAAUUUCAGACCCAGGCUCUGAACAGUUUCUUUGAAUCCAGUGCAUACCCAAGAGAUAGUGAAGUAGAACAGUUGUCAGAGCUGUUAGGCCUAUCUGGAAGAGUGGUGGUUGUAUGGUUUCAAAAUGCUCGUCAAAAAGCAAGAAAACAAGCUGCAGAAACUGGGACCUCUCCUUCACCUCCUCUUCAUCUUGGUCAACCAGGGGAACGUUCUGCUGCCAAUAGUAAAAUACCACCUUGUCGAAAAUGCUGUAUUACUCUCCCUUGUAUAUUUCAACUAAUCCGCCAUCUCAAAAUUUGUUAUAAUGAUUAUACUGAAGAAACAACUGAAGUACAAGAAAAGGAAGAAGAGUCAGAUACAAUUAAACAAAGAGAAGAUCCUAUGACUGACCAUAUUGACAACCAAGAAAAGGAAAACAAAAAUGAGCAAGAGAAGCAAGAAAAUGAGCAAAGGGAUGAUAAUGUAGAAGAACACGAACCAAUAGUCUCAGUGACUAAAGGAAAUAUUGGUUCACCUAAAGUGAAUGAAGCAAAUACUCAGCAGCCUGAUCAAAUAGAUCAGCCAGCAGAACAGAAUGAACUAUCCAUCCCAAGUUCAGCUGAUCAGAACCAAAGCAAAUCUUUACCAAGUAGUGGUAAUCUGUCAGCACCACUGAUGGAUCUCUCUCUCCUCAUCCCUGUCGGGGCUGGUGAGGUGACAUGUCAGAGAAAAAGGAAACAUGAGGAGGAAAGUCUAUCUCCAACUGGAAGCGAAGGUGGAGAUGAGCCUCCCAGAGACAAGCGUUUAAGAACCACCAUAUUGCCAGAACAACUUGAUAUUUUACAUAGAUGGUAUCUGCAAGAUUCUAACCCCACAAGAAGCACUCUCGAGCGUAUAUCUCUUGAAGUAGGCCUAAAGAAAAGAGUAGUUCAGGUGUGGUUCCAGAACACAAGAGCCCGUGAGCGUAAAGGUCAGUACCGAGGGGGAACGCCAUCAUCUGUUUCAGCUCCCAGGCAGCAAGAUGAUUCUCCAAAUGAAGGAUCAAAAAAAGACGGAAUUAAUUACUAUUAUCAUGCUCCCACAAGCCAAGUGGUGUCCCAGUUACCAGCAAAAUCUGGCUCAUCAACUGUGCACACUACAUGUUCUUCAAUACUGCCAAAACCCCCAAUUUCAUGCAGUGUUACAACAACUCCAGUUACAAAACCAUUGGUCAAUCCAUCCCAGGCCCUUUCAGGAAUACUCAGUGCCACACAAAUUCUACCUAGUUUAGUUAAUUCGUCACAAGCUAUAACUAAUCUUACUAAUCCUCAGGCUUUGCCUGGCAUUGUCAACCCACCUCAAGCUUUAUCUGGUUUAGUGAACCCAAACCAAACAUUUACUGGCCUUGUUAAUCCAGCCCAAGUACUUUCCAGCCUUGUUAGCACUUCCCAGCCUUCGCAAGGUUUAUUACUGGCUUCAUUUACAGCCAAGUCUGCACCACCAAUUGUGUUGUCUUCAGCCCCAGAAGUAAAGUUGCAUUCUGCAGCAAGUCAGCAAGUUUCUGGCCAGCCAUCAGGAGGACAGACUGCUGAGCCUGAAAAAAUAUUAACGCCACCAUUUCCUCAGACUACCGAAGCUUCUAAAGUCAUAAAUUCAGAACAGCCGGCUACUGAGAACCAAACUGUGGAGAACCAAGGUAUGAACAGCCAAAAAUCUGUAGAUGAGAAAGGACUCUCCAAAAUAAUGGAAUCCCUUAUACACAGUCCCCAAGGAGGAGACAUGAGUGAUUCAUCAAGCUCAGAUCCUGGACCUUCUAGUCCUGGCAAAGGAACUUUGAGUUCUGAAGGAUUUUUGGGUAGUUCUGGAGCAAGACGUUAUCGUACCCAAAUGAGUAGUUUGCAGUUACGAAUAUUAAAGGCCUGUUAUGCUGAAUAUCGAACUCCAAGUAUGCAAGAGUGUGACUGUCUUGGGGGAGCAAUCGGGCUGCAAAAAAGAGUUGUGCAAGUUUGGUUCCAGAAUGCUAGAGCCAAAGAGAAGAAAGCCAAAUUACAGGGUUUGGUCGGAACAGCCUCUACUAAUGAAGGACCUCAACCUACAGAAUGUACACACUGUAAUGUAAAAUAUGGACCUACCAUCCCAUGCCGGGCCCAUAUAUUCUCCAAGCAGCAUAUUGCAAGACUGCGAAUAUUAAUACAACAGCAACUAAAGGAAGAAAGUCGUUACCGGGACACUCACCCCAGUGGAGGAGCAGCUUCUGUUCCUGAAAGCAAACCAGUCUCACAGAUUCUCAACUUCCAGAGUCCUGUCACUGUGACUCCUCAAAUCCAAAGGCUCACACCCUUACUAAUGCCUGGUCAGGGCAUCCCUGCACAAAUCAGUGGAUUGGCAACUUUCAACACAGGCCCUCCUCCUAGUCUCAUUGGGAUGACGUCUUCUGUACCUCCAGCUCUUCUUCCCCGUGUAGCACCAUCUGCCCCUACUUCGCAUAUUACCAGUGAUACCACUAAGGACUCCUCACAACUGGCAUUGACCCCUGAGUCCACUGGUCCCUCAGCUUUAAAGGCUGCUCCUCUAAUGGGAGCACCUUUUAUGCCUUUUUCACUUGCUCCAGCUGCCACUCCCUUGUUCACCCCCCAGAUACAGGGCCCAUACUUUCAACAGCUAUAUGGAUUAAAGAAGCGUCUAUUUCCAAUUAACCCUGUGAUUCCCCACACACUUCUAGGGCUGCUCCCAGCUCCUCUCAAACUGGCUCCUGAGACCCCAUCAUCCCAUAAGCCAGAGCCUUCCCAGACAAAAGCUACAAGUGACAACAGUGGAGACCAGGAACCUACAGUGGGAGAGGAAGAAAGUGUGGAACGAGAUGAUGACUUAGAAGAUGAAGAUAUUCCAAUGGUGGAUGUGGCAAUUAGGUACCAGUGCCAACGGUGCAAGACAUCUUAUGACGAAGAAGGGGAAGCAGAAGCUCAUCAACGUGCAGGCUGUUACACUGGCCCACCUCCACAUCCACCACCUAUUAGAGUGAGGGUCUGUACCUAUCACUGCCUCUCCUGCCAAGUACUACUGCAGGGUCCUGCAGCUCGAAGCCAACACCUGAGGUCACAGCAGCACCGUGCACAAAGUGCAUGUAGCGAUGGAGCAUCCUCUGCAAUACCUCAACUCAGGCCAAAGAGUGCUGCUACCUCUGUGCUCAUGGCUUUAUAGAGAUACUCUAUUACUGUCUCACACUUCAGCUUUGAGGCUGACUUUCUAUUUUAUUUCACUUGUGCUUCUUUUAUUUACCCCCUAGAGUGUUUGUGUCUCUUCCCUUUUUAUGUGAUUGUCUACCUAUUUGUGUCUGUCUGUUACAAAUGAAGCGUUCCCUCACUCAAGAAUGCUUCCUCACUCUUUAGCCUGCUGGAGGGACACUUCACCCUGCUCUCAUGACUGUUUCCCUUGUCUCUCCAGCAGGGAAAUUUACACAAAGAAAUACAUCACAACACAGGCCAAAUAGAAAAUGAAAAACCCUUAAACCUCUGCAUAGAAAUACUGAGAACCCAAAGCUUUUCUGCAUUUCCUGAACCUGGUGCCAAAACAAGAGUGACCUCCCCCUGUCUAUGAACUCUUUACCCAAUUUCCCUGACUUAGGGAGAGGGUAUGACUGAACAAUAAACCAAUGAACAGGGGGACGGGAAAAAAAAAACUAAAUAUAACCAAAAGUUCCAUGACUUAAGGAACCAAACAAGAGGCGAUGCCCACUGUCCUGUCACACAUGCAUGUACACAUGUGUGUACUUAGAGAUUUUGGGAGUUAUAUUUCAAAUAUGGAAUUCAGCACCUCUCAACCAGUGACUUGAACUUUGUAAUACUUAGGGGUGUUAACAGCACUCCAAGAACUCUCGCUGUGAUGCUUUAAUCAUUUGUGGAGGGACAAGGGAAGGGCUUUAUUCUCUGGGGAGGGUUAUGGGGGGAGGGACAUUUUUUCACUCCCUUGCUCCCCUGUAUCGCUCUCCCCAUACCUCACUCUCAAUGUUUUAAGCUUGAGGAUUUUUUUUUGGGUGGGGUGGGAGGGGUCGGGAUAUUAAACCACCAAACAAGGAAACACAAGUAAAAAUACUAAACACAAAGAAAAAAAUUACAAACUUUUGAAUCCAAAGUUACAUAAAAAAAGAAAAUAUUCGCACCAAAAAUAAGAAAAAAUGGAUGGGAAGAUUGGCGUAUGAAAUGGACAAUGAUUUGUAUUAUGCGUUACAGAAAAAUGCUGUGUCACUACAUUUAGUUCAUCACUCAGAGCAGCAUGGCAUCUACAUAGGUGUACAUAAACAGGCAUGUGUUUGAUAUGGACUCUUCUGUUAUCUUAACAGUCUAGCUUGGGUUAGUAUUCUGAAAGAACAUAUAUCUUCUCUCUUUUUUUUACAUUCCCUCAUUUAACCCAAGUCUUCUUUCCUUUUGUCAUCUUGAAUAAUUGUCUUAAUCAUUACUUUCCCUUUCACUGAAGAUAAAGUUAGACAACCUACAGGCCUACAGUUGUUGUGGACUUGUAGAGGUGCUCUUAUAUGUAAGUCAUCUGAACCUACCAAUUUUGGCAGGUCGGAUGACUGUCUUGAGGGCAAGAAUCGUUGUUCUGGUCGUAGAUGAGCAAUUGCCAAGGCGUCUGGCAGUGGUUUAUUCCCCUUACUCCAUUGAAAACACAUCCACACUUGGCAUGUGUAUGGGGGAAUCCAGAGAAAUAGCUGUCACCUGAACAAGUGUUUAAAAGGAACCUAUCACCAUGAAAAUAUGAAUACAUCUGCAGGCAGCAUGUUAUAAAGCAGGAGGAGCUGAGCAGAUUGAUGUACAGUUUUGUGGGGAGAGAUUCAGUGAAACUUGUACUUCUUUCAUUUAUAUCCAUGCUUAUACUGAGCUUUGAAGUCAAGGAGGGGUUCCUAUCGGUGAUUUACAGCCUUCCCUCUAUGACGGUGUAUAUAUACAGAGAUAGCUGUCAAUCACUGAUAGGACCGCCUCCUGGACUUCAAAGCCCAGAAUGAGCAGUAAUAUAUAUAGGAAAAUUACAAGUUUUACUGAAUCUUUUCCCAAAAAACUAUAUAUCAAUCUGCUUAGCUACUCGUGGUCCAGAACGUGCUGCCAUGCAAUGUUCAAGAUGACAGGUUCUCUUUGAGUGUAUGAACUAUCUAAAGUUAUAUAAAAUAAGGUACACUAAUUAAUUUGGCUGCCUUGAGUGUGUGCUGCAAAACCCUAGAUCGGCAUAACACAUCUAGACUACUAAUUUUAAAAAUGACAAUGGACAUAAGAUGUCAAACAAGUGUACAUUAACAAGCCAAAAAAAAGCAUACUCGCUUUCCCAUACCAUACAGAUAAAUUGCAGCCAUGAACAUUCAUUAUUUCAUCUAUUAGCCCCUUACCCAAACCACUAGGUGUGCUACAGCUGAAGUACCACAGGAUGCUUUCUAUUCUGCAUGCUAGUUUAGAAUCAUGAUUUAACCUUCUAAACUAUUUCCGUCCAUCAUUUCCUUCUUAUCACUUUCUUUACCUCUUCAGAUUUCAAAGCUAUACAGCGCCUUGCAAAAGUAUUCACCCCCCCCCCCCCUUGACAUAUUUUGGUGCCUCACAACCUGGAAUUAACAUGAAUUGAUGGAGGAUUUGCAUAAUUUAAUUUACAGAAC